AGAUCAUGUGACCAACAAAGGGAAAGCAAUCUAUUUGCAGAACAUCCCACACGGCCACAGUGAGCGAGGUUAAUGAUGAUGAACCUGAUGAAGGUGGCCUAAAAUGAUUAAGAGAGAAAAUGAAUGGUGCUGAUGGACACUCAGCUGAGAAACAAUCCAUCCUCACACGGUUACUGGAUGCAGUCAAACAGUGUCAGGUGCGGUUUGGUGGGAGGACAGAGUUAGCAACUGAUGCUGACAGCAGGGUGUCUUGCCUUUGCGCAGCAUGGGAAGUUGCUCUUCAGCAUGGAAUGAAACAAAGCAAAGCUUUGACAGCAUUAAAGCAGGUAACAAAUCUGACUGGCCUUAACAAAGUAACAGACAUAUUAACAGACAUCACCAGCAAAGAACCGGAACCAGUGUUCUGGCUGUAUGUUAAGGAGAACCUGACCAAACAUGAGCAGGACCGCUUUUAUACACUAAAAAAUAUAAACAAUGACACAGGGCGAGGUAGAGCAUGGCUAAGGUCCGCCCUCAAUGAACACUCCCUGGAACGGAAUAUGCACAUGAUUCUGGAGAAUCAAGGCCUCUUGAGUCAGUUUUAUGAGCCGUGGGCAUUCAUGUGUGACCAGGAGAGGAGCAGUAUGAUGCCGAUGAUGGCGGCAGGACUGGGAUCGAUCUUGUUUGCCAUUAAUGUUGACAAUGUCGACUUAAACGCUGUGAAAAGAGCCACCUCCAGUAACGUAAACAUCUCAAUAUCUUCCAAACCAGUCCUGGACACCAUUGCUAAUGAACCUCGCCCUGUAAUAGCAGGGGAGGAAGGUAGUGGACCACUCACAGAGAUGAAGAAGAAGGAGAAGAAGAAAAAGAAGAAGAAUGCCCACAUAGUCAGUUUCGAUGAGGAUGAUUCAGGAACUUUCAGUGCUGACCCUGACUUAUCGGAGCAAAGUUCAAAGUUCAGUGUGGGAUCCUCUGACCUGAUCCCAAGGUCAUUAGAAGAGGAAACUGAUGAAAGCAGUGAAUUGAUCUCAGAAAUGCCCUCGAUAUUGAUAGACAACAAUGAUUCUAGUGAUGUACAGACACAUUUAUCUGUAGACGUGCCAUAUCAGCGCGAGGCCAGUAUAAACUCAGAGACGUCAUAUGACCGACCGCUUAGUGUUCACUCCCUCAGUUCAGCCGACCUUGAUGUUAGUGACCCUGCUCAUGGAUUGGUUCCUUUAUCUAAAGAAGGCCAGCCAAUCAUAUCCAGUAUAACAAGGGGUGUGUCAACGACCUCAGAUUCAUUGAGUACAUCAGUUGAUUCUACUGGAAGCUUGCCAAAAUUUAGUGGGUAUGAUAUUGAGUCUGCAGCUUUGGCAUUGGACAUGGCGCAAAAGGGAACUAACUCCAGUUUCAGAACAGCAGGGGACGGGGUCAACAUAGAGGAAGUCAUACAAAGGGAAACCAUGUCAACCGAGGAGUUGAAGAAAGCAGUGGUGGCCAUGAUGGUACGGAAGGAUGAAGUGGAGGAUCAAAACAAGAAUAUCCAAGCCAUGCUGCAGCAGGAGAUGGAGACAUCCUCCAUGUUAAGAGCAGAGAUUGAGGAGAUGAGGCAGACCUCUGUUGCUAAGCAGGAAAAAGAGGAGGCUAAAUACCAGGCACUCCAAAAGGAAAAUGAGCUAUUGAAACAUCAGCUUAGAAGAUAUGUAAAUGCUGUACAGAUGUUACGAGCCGAAGGGUCACAAGUUGAUGAGAGUCUUGGGAUUCACCUGGAGGAACCCCAGCCCUCUAUCCCCCCAGCCAAGUCUACAGUCGACUACAGCCAUGAGGCUUCAGAGUAUGAGAAGAAACUCAUUCAGGUGGCUGAGAUGCAUGGGGAACUGAUGGAGUUUAAUGAGAUGAUCCACAGACAAUUGAACGCGAAGGAGGCAUUCAUCAGGCGAUUACAGGGGGAGCUGGUGGACCUAAGGGGACCUCUCCCACAGGAUUUGCUCUCCGCUGGUGAGGAGACAAGCUCGGAUGUAGAGCAGCAGUCUGUACGCACACUGGUCAAUGUAUGGAUUCCGGCCGCCUUCCUCCAGGGAGCUGCAUCUGAUGCUCACCAUGUUUAUCAGAUCUAUGUGAGAAUUAAGGAUGAAGAAUGGAAUGUUUACAAAAGAUUCAGUCAAUUUCAUCAGUUUCACAAUCAAUUAAAAAAGAUUUAUCCAAAAAUUGGAAAAUUUGAUUUUCCACCGAAGAAGACAAUAGGAAAAAAGGAUGCCAAGGUUGUAGAAAAUCGUCGACGAGUGUUUCAAUUGUACCUUCGCCUCGUCAUUAAUUAUGUUGUUGACAAUGACAAAUCCCAAUCCACAAAUAUCAACAAGGAUGUCUUUAUACAAAGGUUGCCAUUUUUCAGUGAUAGGGCUACAGAAAAAACAGAUUCCAAGAAAGUCAAGAAAGCUCAAGUUAAAUCAAGCUCUUCUUCAUCACCGUCUUCAAGUCCAGGGAACCCAUCAAGCUUGCCUCAGUAUGAAGGACUGUGAUCACAUGACCAAAUGUUGUAAGAAUGUGAUUAUGUGUUUAAUACAUAUACCUUGUUUUAUGUUCAUGUGAAGCCACCAAGUUAGACAGAAGUCAUAUCAUUGGUUUAGAGUCUGAUAUUUGUAUUAGUUCCUGUUUUACAAUCUUACACAUUGUUUUUUUAAUACAAGAUUGGUAUACAUGCAAUGAAUUUUUGAUAAAAUUGCUCAGAGAUUGCAAUUGUAACAAAAUGAAUGUCAUAAAGGUACAUGUGACUUCGACACAUUUUUAUAGAUAUUUUAAUUAUAUAAAUUUAUUAAAGUUGAUUAUAAAGAAGUCAUUUAUAGUCUUCACGUAAUAGGGUAACAGUCUUCUCUUAUUAAUAUUAAAUUCAUAAACUACCUCACUAUAAAGUCAGUGAAGUCUGUGAUGUUUUUAUAAACCAGAAAAUUAGGGUGAAUAUGUGUACUAACCAAGGGUAGAUCACUCUAAGCACAAAAAUGAAUUCUUUGUUUAUUUGCUGUAGCAGAUCUUUCAGUAAAGCAUAUGUACAUGUAUCUCUGAGUUAACUUAUAAGUAAAACAGUACACUUCCUGGAACUCUUCAAUGUGCAGUGUAUAUGGUUUGUUAUAUCCAUUAUCAGGUAAUGUUUUUAAUUCUUUUCAAAAUGUCUGCUGGAAUGGAUUGCUGAAAAAGUGUUACAGAAUAUAAUUUAUCCAGAUUUAUGGAAUUAUAUUUGUUAAAGAUUAUUUUUUGUACAGAUGCAGCUUCUUAAAAAUCCUGUGAGUAUUUAUUUAUUGGAUUUUUAAAAAUAUUUGUCAGGAAUGAAAAGAAACGAGACAUGGAAAUGUCUGGUGUGAGGAUACAGUUGUAAAUCAGUGCAAGAUGUUGUUGUCUGUAAAAAGAGGUUUUUUUUUAUCUUUGUGUACAGAAGUGAUAUUUGUGUGCUUCCCCACCACAAAUCACAUGUUUUCUGGGUGAUCUCUUGAGCAGUUUUUAUGCAUUAUGAACUAGAGCCUAAAAGUUUUAGAUAUAUUUUUAAACUAUGAAAUAAUUUGGGUUUUUUCAAAAAAAAAAAAGAAAAGGUCAUUCAUAGAAAACCAUUAAAAUUCUCACAAAAUUCUAUUGGAUAUUUUGAGGGAGAGUGCAAUAUGUCAUUCAUGGUAAUUAUAGUAUAUAGCUGGAGAUCAUAGUAUUGUGUGUCAAAUAUUUUGAUUAUGUGAUUUUUAAUAAAUUUUCAAAUUAGAAAUAUGCUCCAUAUUUUGUAAAAUAUUGCACAUUUCAUUCUAUAUGAAAGAUGGAAUUAUAUUUGACAGCACAUUUACACAUACCUAUAUCAUUUUUACACACUUGUAAGUCCUAUUAUUUUGCUUAAUUCUUUCAAAUGAAUAUGCCUGUCAGUUAUCUGUGGUGAUGCACGUAAUUGUUUCUGCAGGGCAUGAAAAGAAAAAGAUAUUAAAUGUAAAGAUUGUGCAAAUUUUUUAAUGAUGAUAUGCUUGUAUUGAGUUGUUGAAGCCUGUCUCGGCUUAAUUUGUUUUGUUAUGACAAGCAUAAAUGUUUUAUAAGAUAUC